CCGUCACCAUUUUCAGAAUCUCGCAAAGAAGUGGAGCUUUGUCUUGUUUUUAUCCAUUUUAUGUUUUAAAAGAUGUCCUUGCAGAUUGAUUGGCAAAACAGCCAAGUAAAACUUGGUAAUUUAAUAAUCAGCCUUGAAGAUUCCACCCCAGACUUUGAGCAGAAUCUGGGAGUUCUGAGUCUAAACACACAAUCAUACUUCAUUCCCAGCUGUACCAGGGCACAGGUUUUCAUCUUCCUUGAGAACUACACAAAAGAAUUGAGCAAUGUCAUUCAUAUGGCAAUGAAAAGCAAAGCUACAGCAUCCCAGACAUAUUCUGAGGAGUCAACUCCUAGUUAUGUUCACAAAAGAACAAUUUUCAGCUAUGCAAUGUGCCUUGUGAAGAAAAUAAUAACAGAAGUUAAACAAGAAUUUAAAUCAAAAGAAGGGGAUAGCAUAUUACAUGGGAGUAGUAGGCAGCCAUUAAUGCAGUGCCAGCCUGUUUCUACAGGUAAGACAGAUGGAAUCCACACAGCAAUGAGUUUUCACAAACAACCGUUGAAAUUGUUUGUGGAUAGUCUUCACAAAUACUGUGAUCCAGGCCUGCUGGACUUCGCUACACAGCUUAUAUCUGUUGCACUUCAGGAGGCAAAGGAAGAAGUUAGAGCUUCCAAAAGUGAGAGCAGAAGAUUUUCAUCACUACACACAGCUGUACCACCUUUACACCAUCCUGAUUUCCUCUGCAAGAAUGGCUUCCAUUCUAGUCCUAACUGUACACUUCUCAGUAAGUCUGAGAUUAAAAACUGCAUGGCCUCUGGCACAAGUCAAAAUAAAAGUUCAAGUAUCUCUGAAGUUGUCUUUGAUCACAAGAGUUCAGGUGACUAUUUUGAAGGGUCCCACUUUACCCCACUUGAACAUGAGGCAGGCAGUGCAUGUAGCAGUUUUCCCAGUGAACUUGUGCAGGAUUUCCACCCUUCUCCUCCUCCACCAACACCCAAAGAUGACACAGAAGAGGGGCCCACUAGAUGUGAAGCACCAAAUGAGUUUAUGGAAAAACUGGUUCAGUCUUUAAUUGGUAAAUAUUCUGAAAGUGUGGCAUCAAUCAAUGCCCGAAACAGAGAAGCAAUGAAGAAUCACUCAAGUGGCCAAGUGGAUAGUAUAGAACUCUAUGCAGAUCAACUGGUGAAGGAGCAGCUUAAAUUGGUUUUGUGUAGUGGCACAGCUGAAGCAACAGAAGGUGCACACUGCCACAAGACAGGCUGCAAACAUAAUUUUCUGUCACAAACAAAUAGAGCUGUGAAAGUGAAGUCUGCUGCUGCACCAAAAAUGAAUCACGCACCCCAAAGCUCUUCACUGAGCCUUCCCAGCACGAUGAGUCAGGGUUCAGAAAAAAAGAAAGAUCAAUUGUCUGAAAAGAAAGCCUCAAGCAAAGACAUAAUGUAUCAUCACAAAUAUUUUAUUAAAAACUUUGCUGCUUUUGCAGACAAGUGGGUGGAAGAAUUAAUCCAAUCCUCAUUUCAGAUAUUAAAGACAUCAUUGCCUUUCAGGCAGUGUCCAGAGUCAGCAAAGGUAGGAGGGAAAGCAGAGCCUUUCAGAGACUGUGGGCCAUGCAAAGAGUUGCAAAGAGAGACACUGAAAUCCAAUAGAAAUAUGGAAAAAAGGAGCAGUUCUACUACCACACCAACUGUGGUCACCAAAACUGUUCCUGAAUGCCAGACUUCACCACACCAUGUCUGUCACACAUAUGGCAAAAUGCUGACACAAAACAUUCUGCGUGAAGCUUUCAGAGCACAGAUGGUAGCUACUCCUUGUGAUAAUCAAAAUGAGGUCAUGCAAGAUCUGUUUACCAAAGUCAAUGAUAAAGCUGAGAAAAUGAGUGAGCAAAUUUUGCAGGAUGCUAUUGUAUCACUGGGGAAGCAAGAAAGUCAAAAACAUUCAAGUGAAAUGGAAGUUCAAAUGUUAGAAGGCACAGACUCCAGCAGCCUCAGAGAGAAAAAUGAUGGAGGUACACAGUCUGUGCAGACAUCAUUAGAAGGAAUUGGAAGAUGUAAACUGGACAGUGCAAUUAGACAGACUCAAGACUGUGUUAAGCUAUUACCUAAAAAAUUACCUGGACAAUGCCAUUCAGAGAAUGGCCAAAGUGUUAUUUACCAGUCAUCUGUGUUCAAAGCACAGGAGUACAGAACUGACUCUUCCAGAAUGUCCAUUGUACCCUUGUCUAUCAUGGAAGACAAAGAAUUUACAGAAUCUGACACCAAUAGAAGUGUCAAACCAGUGUUAAUAAAGAUGGACGUUAAGCAUGACAUUUUCACUCAAGAGCUCCAGGUUUUACUUCUCUGGGCAUCUGCCUCACAUCUGAAUAUACCAGCUGUAUACUGCAUCCUGUCAACUAAAGAAUCUCAAAAACAGAUUUCAUAUGUUGUAAAGAAUGUGCUGAAGAAGUCCUGGACUGUGAGUGACCUGCUGAAAAAAGUGCUCUCCUACUGUGACCUGAAGAAAGAGGCUUCCAUCAAGGGUCAGCCUUUGACAGUGCAUUUGUUUGAAUGGAUGCUUCAUGACACAGAACUUCAAGAAUCAUGAAGAUGUUUUUACCUUCUUCUUCAAUCUUAUAACUUUUCCACUCAUCAGUAAUUAAUAUUCAGUGAAGAUUUUGUGGCCUUUUUAAUGGAACCUGUCAUCCAUUGAUUUUCUUAUUCCCCUUUCUUGGGAGUGAUUCAUGAGAGCUGGAACCUAUAUAGACAACAUCACACCUAAGAAUCAUCCAUCUAGUUUGGGAUCUGUUCAGUAGGAUGGUGUAAAAUGAACUGGUCCUCUUCUGGGUCAGCUGUACAACAGAAGACUAUCAAGAAGGAUAUUUACUCCAAUAUGUAAUUGUACAAACUCUAAAUUCUAGAUGAAAGACUUGGAAAACAUUCAUUCAUAACCAGUUGGGUUAGUUAAUUCUGAAUGAAAAACGUGGAAACCUUCACAAUGCCUUAGGAACCUCUCAUCUAACUUUGAAGUAAUAACAUGUUGGAAACUAGACUGCUAUUUAAUAAUUUCCACAUGGUCCAUGUCCAUGGAUGACAGUUCCACCUCAAUUCACAGACCUAUUUGUGUUUUGUAUUAACCUUCUCCACAGAACACAUGGAGUCUUCUUAAAGUCAGUUUAGUAAUCUCAAGAAUAACUUCGUUUUCCUAUUCCUAGAAGAAGACACACUUAAAGUUCCCUAUUUUCUUCAGUUCCCUGAAAAAUAUUUGCAUACUGGACUUGUUUUGUUUCUUUUCUACCUGAAGAUGCCGUGUGCAGGGUUUUCAUAUGUGUGGUUUCUCAUGUCAAGUUGGGUCAUUUUUGAAAGCUUUCUGCAGAAAAAAAAAUAAUUUGGCUUUAUGAGGGUUUUUAUUUGUGCCUUUUUCAAAGGAACCACCAUUGACAUGGACAGUGUCAAACUCCAAGAGUGGUGGGACUUCGAUAUCAGCAAAACAAUCCCCAGACCAACAGUGUCAUUCAUUGGGCUGGUUUUCAGGUGUCAUUGGGCUGGAAAUAUUUUCAGGAACUGGCUACCCUGGCUGUGUGAUGAUUUUGCUGGUUCAGUGGGACACAGUGGCUUAUAUCUAUCUAUAAGGCAUUGGCUAUAGCAUAAGCUGGGAAUAUAUAUGAAUCUGAAGAAGCAGGUCAUUGAAGUAUGGAUUGUAUUCAGCAUGACCAAAGAAUAGGGGUUUGACUCCAUUUCAAAGUGUCGACAAUGCAAAUGUUAACUGCUUGGAAAUUCUUUCCUGUUUAAAUGUAAAUGUUUAUUCACGUAUUAUGCACAAGGAUUCAUUAAUGACCCACUGGUUCAUGCAUUUUAACCUGGAGACAGGCAUACUGCCAAGAACUUUGGUGGUCUGCAAGAUGCAGUCAUCUGGUGAAAGACAUCUGGUUAAACAGAUCUUGUAGUCUUUUAGCAUAACUGGGAGCGUAUGGUCAUUAGUAACUUUAGGUCAGCCGCCACAUUUUUUUUUUCUUAAAGAGCAUGUCUUGUCAAGCAUAACAUGUCCAUCCGUUACCAAAUCAGCUCAGUUUAUUAUGUCAGGUCUGAGGAGAUUGGAACCUAUUCUGACAGCUUCAGAAUGAGGGCAGAUCAACAUUUGAACAGAAGGAGUGCUGAUGUACUGGAGAUGCGUAAGAAUAGGUUAGUCAAGAAUUGUUUUAACUAGAGAAUGGAGCAGCAGGGAGUUUUGGACAGGACAAGUUUAGAAUUUCACAUGAAAGGACAAAUAGUAGUUUAAUAUUAAAUACACAGAAUAACUUAAUUUCUAGUCCAAAGUUAAAGUGUCAUUAAAGAAUAAGUACAGUAAUGUUGCAUUGACGCUGGACAAGUGACAUCAUGACAUGAGUCACCAAAAGAAUGAACUGCAUUACAUCAUCUAUAGCAGAAGAGCCUAUAAAAACAGCAACUCUGCCCUGUCUCACACACUUUUUCCAACUAGUACAGCAAAAGGCAAGUAGUCCUUUUAAAGAUAGCGAGUCACCUUAAAGAGCCAAGUAAAGAGCAGCAAAUCCAUCCAUUGUGUCACUCAGUCCUGACACUAUAAUAUAUUCAUAUUUGUUUGCCUUAAUGUAUGGAGUAUUAAGAAUAAAACCAAUCAGCUGGAAUUAUUUGCUUAGCUGCACAUAACUUUUAUAUAAUAGGAAUAACAGUAAUGGGCAUGAGUAAUGCAUAGAGGGGUACACAUUAUUUAGGAAAGACAGGCAAUAAAAGCAAACUGUGGAAAAGAUUUAAAGGUUUACAGUAAAAAAAAACAUUCUCACCUCCAGGCAGUGCUGAGAAUGAAUUCAAAAAAGUGGAUGAAAUACAGUAUUAGAAUAUGUCGUAAACAAAUUAAACAUACAUUUGAUAAAACAUUUGAAUAUAAAUCAAAUGAAAUUUUGCUCAGAGUCUACAAUAGACUAGUUAAACCAUAUUUGGAACAUCAUGUAGAAAUAAAGAGAAAUUAUUCAAAAAAGAGUCACAAAACAUAUUUCACACAGUCUCCUGGAAAUUGGAACAAACUACUGUUCCAUGCAUUUGAAAUGGAGAGCUUGAGGAGUUAAAAGCCAUUAUGUACAAACAGAAGAGCACCCAAUGAUGCUUCUCCACUAGUCUCAGUGAGCUGGCUAAGAUGGCCUCCUCAUUUAUUUCCACAGGCAUGUUUGCAAAGUUCUCUUUCUUCCUACACAGAACCCUUCAAUGAGACUGUAAUGACACCACUUCCGCUUUUAUCAUUACGUUGCAGAUAAAAAGACUGUUGUAAAUGUAUUAUUUUCUUGGACCACUUUUAAAGACGUGUUUAAAUUUUUUGAAUCAGUAAGGUGUUGUGCACCGGACUGUAGCCAAAGUAAAAACAUUUAGCUAAUUGGGGAACAUGAGAGGUCUUCAGCAUGACUUUAUGAUCUUUCAUUUCUAACAAGAAAGUAGCCACAAUUAAAUAAACUGUAAAAUGUCAACUGUGUGCAGAAUUACAGUAAUAGUACUGUGAAAAAAGGAAAAAAAAUUAAGAAUAGAAAUGUUUAGAUUUGAUGGGAUUAAUGUAGAGGUUACAUGACUAUUUGCAUCAUUGCUUAUAAUAAAAUAACAAUAACUGGAACUGGGCAGUCAGCCUCAUUCAUUUCCCUAGUUUUAGGUCAUGCUGGCUUCCAUGAGGCUUCAAUGACCUACUUAAUUCAGAGCAGCUAUUAAUACACAACAGCUUUAAGGUAACUUCAGGAAAAGCCUGGGGUUAAAAAUGUAUAUAUUGAUUUGUACUGUUAGACCAGUUCAGAGAUUUGGAAGCAAAAUGCUGCAACUGUACUGACAAAUGGCAUCAGCCUGGGAACAAGUAACCACCACUAUAAGCAGACAUUCCAUUGUAUAAAUAAGUCGCUUCAGAGCCAGCUGCAUGAAAGCCAAUAAAACCAUCAAGCCUGCAAAGUCUUAAAAGAAUUUCAACAGCGAGUGGUCUUGGAUAGCAAGUGACUUAAAAGAGUGAUGUAAAGAAUGAGAAUCCACUAUCACUCAGCACUGAUGCUACAUUGGUUUCAGCGGCGAGAUAAGUAGAAUACCUACAGACCAACUUAGCAAAACACCUAGUGCUGCAGAGAGGUAAAAUGGACUUGUUAGGGUCUUUUGAGGAGUUGCCUCAAUGCUGAGAUCUGGGGUCAGAAAUGUCAUUUGCAGCAUCAGUACAGGAAGAAAGACAGCUGAGUGACUACUACUCUGCAGUGUUACCACUGCUUCUCUAUCUCCUAAAAGAGUGGUAGAUUGAGUUGUCGCUGACUCCAGGGGCUUCAUGUAU